CGGAGCUAAAAUGCCUCACAGAGUCGACAUUUUAUAAGCUGUUGUUGUAGAAGAAGCGUUUCCCACCGUCAGCCGUCAGGACGGACUGAAACAUGGAGGCUGGAGAAGGCGUCAGCACCGCCACGUCCACGGAGGAGAUGAAUGGAGCCGGGAACCUGAUGGAUUUCCUGGACGAGCCUUUUCCUGGUGGCACGUAUGAAGACUUCCACACCAUCGACUGGCUGAGGGAGAAAUCCAGAGACACAGACCGCCACCGCAAGAUCACCAGUAAGAGCAAAGAGUCCAUCUGGGAGCUGAUCAAGAGCCUGCUGGACGCCUGGUCAGGAUGGGUGGUGAUGCUGCUCAUCGGACUCCUCUCAGGUACGCUGGCCGGGGUGAUCGACCUGGCGGUGGACUGGAUGACGGACCUGAAGGAGGGUGUGUGUCUGUCGGCCUUCUGGUACAGCCACGAGCAGUGCUGCUGGACGUCCAACGAGACGACCUUCGACGACCGAGACAAGUGUCCGCAGUGGCAGAAGUGGGCGGAGCUGAUGACCGGCCACUCCGAGGGAGCGGGGGCGUACCUGUUGAACUACUUCCUUUAUAUUCUGUGGGCUCUGCUGUUUUCCUUCCUGGCGGUGUCUCUGGUGCGAGUGUUCGCUCCGUACGCCUGCGGUUCAGGGAUCCCCGAGAUCAAGACAAUCCUCAGCGGCUUCAUCAUCCGGGGAUACCUGGGGAAGUGGACCCUGCUGAUCAAGACGGUCACUCUGGUCCUGGCGGUGUCGUCCGGUCUCAGCCUGGGGAAGGAGGGCCCUCUGGUCCACGUGGCCUGCUGCUGCGGAAACCUCUUCUGUAGCCUCUUCUCCAAGUACAGCAAGAACGAGGGCAAGCGGCGAGAGGUGCUAUCAGCGGCGGCAGCAGCCGGAGUGUCGGUGGCGUUCGGCGCGCCGAUCGGAGGAGUUCUGUUCAGCCUGGAAGAGGUCAGUUACUACUUCCCUCUGAAGACUCUGUGGCGUUCGUUCUUCGCCGCCCUGGUCGCCGCCUUCACGCUGCGCUCCAUCAACCCGUUUGGCAACAGCCGCCUGGUGCUGUUCUACGUGGAGUACCACACGCCGUGGUACAUGGCCGAGCUGGUCCCGUUCAUCCUGCUGGGCGUGUUCGGCGGCCUCUGGGGGACCCUCUUUAUCCGGGCCAACAUCGCCUGGUGCCGGCGGAGGAAGACCACCCAGCUGGGGAAGUACCCGGUCCUGGAGGUCAUCGCCAUUACCGGUAUCACGGCCGUGCUGGCGUUCCCCAACCCGUACACCCGCCGCAGCACCAGCGAGCUCAUCUCUGAGCUCUUCAACGACUGCGGCGCUCUGGAGUCGUCGCAGCUCUGCGAUUACAUUAAUAACCCCAACAUGAGUCGGCCCGUGGACGACAUCCCCGAUCGACCGGCGGGACCCGGGGUCUACAACGCCCUGUGGCAGCUCGCCCUCGCCCUCGUCUUCAAGAUCGUCAUCACCAUCUUCACCUUCGGCAUGAAGAUCCCGUCGGGUCUCUUCAUUCCCAGCAUGGCGGUUGGAGCCAUCGCAGGACGUAUCGUGGGGAUCGCCGUGGAGCAGAUGGCGUACCACCAUCACGACUGGAUCAUCUUCAAGAACUGGUGUCGUCCCGGCGCAGACUGUGUCACACCUGGACUCUACGCCAUGGUGGGAGCCGCCGCCUGCCUGGGCGGGGUAACCAGGAUGACCGUCUCCCUGGUGGUCAUCAUGUUCGAGCUCACCGGCGGUCUGGAGUACAUCGUCCCCUUAAUGGCCGCCGCCGUCACCAGCAAGUGGGUGGCGGACGCCUUCGGGAAGGAAGGCAUCUACGAGUCGCACAUCCAGCUCAACGGCUACCCCUACCUGGACGUCAGGGACGAGUUCACCCACCGCACCCUGGCCACCGACGUGAUGCGGCCCCGCAGGAACGACCCCCCUCUGGCCGUGCUCACCCAGGACACCACCACGGUGGAGGACAUCGAGACGCUGAUCAAAGACACCGAUUACAACGGCUUCCCGGUGGUCGUGUCCAGAGAGUCGGAGCGGCUCAUCGGCUUCGUUCAGCGGCGGGACCUCACCCUCGCCAUCAAAAACGCCCGUCAGAAGCAGGACGGCGUGGUGAGCAGCUCGGUGGUCUACUUCACCGAGGACGCGCCGCAGCUGCCGGCCAGCAACCCCCAGCCGCUGAAGCUGCGGCGCAUCCUGAACCUCAGCCCCUUCACCGUCACCGACCACACGCCCAUGGAGACGGUGGUGGACAUCUUCCGCAAGCUGGGCCUCCGCCAGUGUCUCGUCACCCGGAGCGGGCGUCUGCUGGGCAUCAUAACCAAGAAGGACGUUCUGCGGCACAUGGCUCAGAUGAUGAACCAGGAUCCAGAGUCCAUCAUGUUCAACUAGCAAGACGAGCUUUUCUGCAGCGACGGUGUAAAUAGGUGAAACCGGUGCGACGCUACUGUACUGCAGCCCGUGAAAAGCCCCUCCCCCCCUCCCUGACAGGCAAGUCCCAUCCCUGUAGUGAGCUCCGCAGCACUGCUCCACGUGUCCUCCGUGCUUCUACUUCAGUGUAAACAUCGUUUUAACAUUUCAGGGGAUGAGCUGCUCGCAGACUGAAAAGAGAGGAACAAAAAAAGUAGAGAGCUUCUUUUUCUUUGCUGUCACAUGUUGCCAACAACGCAAAGAGAGUUUAGCACAUUUCAUGUUCAGAGUGCCAAACUCUGGUUCUUUCAGCAGCAGCAGCUGAAAUCCUGAUCAACUCACCCGCUGUCUUUUGUUUAAUUUAGUGCUGCUAGUUCAAACGUUUAGAAAGCCACGCUGAAGGGAAACACUGAGAGCAGUAUUUGCAACUUAAAUACAAAGUUAAGGCAUAAAUAAGGAAUCACAGGGUGUCUGCACAGACCUGGAAAGUCUGGCAAGUUGUAGAAAAGUUAUUUGAAACUGAUAAUGUCUAUUAAUCUUACACUGAUGAAAAUAAAGUCUGGAAAAGCUUCUACGAACCGAGGUUGUGAGCUUAGGCAGGACUCUCAGCUCACACAUGGUGGUUUGUUUGUAAUCAGUCUGAAACGGGUAUAGAUUAUCAUCUCAGUCGAAAAAGGUGCGGUUAAAAAAUUAUACUGUUGAACUUACAAAUCUUUUUGUCAGUCAGCAAAUAAAUUAAUUGUUUUCAGCUCAGUUCAGGGGCAGAAAACUAAAUGUUCAGACUCCAACACAGAGUUCACAGGUGCAAACUUAAAAUUGCAAGUUCACAAAACUAAGAUUAAAUGUACAAAAGUCUGUUUAAAUUGCACCUUUUUUUAAUUAUCUAAUAUUCUUUAAUAGUGCUGCUAAUAUACAGCACGCUGGAAGAAGGUUGGUUUUGAUAUUUGAUAUAAAAUGUCACUAAAUCUGCUCUUGAGGUGAAAAUCUGUGAAAGGUACAGACCUUUGUAGGAAUCAGAAACUGUGAGUCUUUUGUGAUUAAAUGGUACUCGGGCGUCACUGAGGCUUUAAAAUAAACGGGACCAGUUGAGAGUUAAGUGUUUGAAGCUCAGCAGCGCUCCGCCCCUGUCUGUAACUCUGAGUCUGCUGCACUUUGGGCUAACAUUUGUGUUUUGUUUAUGUGUUGCUGUCAUAUUUAAAUUAACGCUGCCUGUAUUAGUGUUCAUUUUGAUGCAUCAGUGGCACCUUUCAGCUCGAUUCUGUUACUUUAAACCCGAAGGCACAAACACUAAAUGUCGUUUUUACCGUAGCAGUGAAGUGUCAGGAGACAUUCUCGUCGUCAGUACCGUGUUUUGGUAUCUUGUGUUAAUUUAAUCAGAGGGUUUGUAAAGAGCCUGACGGUGUGUUUGAUCCGAGCGGACGUGCAGGUGCGCCGCACGUCAAACUGUGUGAGAUUAAGUUUCUAUAAUUUCUAAUGCGUCGAUCUGUUAAACUGGAUCGUUAUCGCUCCUUACCUCAUUAAGUUGGAAUCAGCAUCCCUGUUUUUUAAUCUGCGCAGUGAUGUUUCAAAUCAAAGCACCGCAUGCUGCGACAAAAACACUAAAUCAGCGUUUCCUUUGGCUCUCGUGUGCUGUCUUGUAGUUUCAGUUGGUCAGAGUUGACGGAGUAAAUCCGGUUCUAAACAUGUGACCUGAUCAUUUUGCUUGUAGGUGGUGGGUAGCAAAAAGCGGUUUCUAGAUCAAAAUUGUCGUUUCUCACCGUGCGAUCGAGGACUGCCGCUUCGAAUCGCCUCCAAAGAUUUCCCUCACCAUUGUCGGCUUUUAGAAGUGGGCUUUCAGAAAGCUCACGAAGAAGAGAAUAGCUUCAAAACCAGGAAUGAAGUUGACAUCCGUUAAACAUUUUUCAGCCAAGUAACCAAUGCUACGAUAAGCUCUCAUUACAUAACUGACAAAAACAACACAGCGCUGCUGUAACGCUGCUGUAAGUGACACGAAAAGCUAAACACUGGAGACCUCGAGACGCUUACAGUCAGUCAGGCAGCUGCAGGAAGAUCCUUACAUGAAGGAAAAAUAACUAGAUGAGGACUGAAGUGUUGCUACACAGGUCUGGAAAAUGAUCCAGGGAAACAAACGCGAUCCUUUCCAGAACUUAAAAAUAUUAAAAUGCACAAAAAGAUCCUGGAAAAUAAAGUCCUGCUACUUGACUGUACACUUUUUAUCUCCUCGCUCAUUUCCUGUGUAAUAAAAACUUUAUAGGUCAGAGCUCCCAGCUGCUGAACUGUGAGGGGAUUUAGUUUUGGGAAACACAUCGAGAACUCACUCUGUGCUGUUGUUGUUGUUGUUGAAGCGAAUGAUAAAGUUUUGUUUUUAAAUGCCAAGUGAAUGUAUUGAAAAAAUAACUUGUGUUGUAUGUAUUUAAUUUUUUUUAAUUUAAUUAAACACUAAUGUUGAGCCCUGGUUAAUUUUAACUCUAAAUAUUUAUCAGAUGCAGAAAUCACAUAUUUGCACUUUUUUUUUUUUUUAAUCUAUUUUUUUGGGGGGGAAUGAAAGUGAUUUAAAAAAAUAAAACUUUGAAUUUACCUUCAGACGGUGAAACACGGUUCAGUUUGCUUCUUCUUCUAAUGUGAACAGAGACGACAUUGUAUCUUUCACAUUGAUGCUUUUUAUUUAGACUUUAAAAGACACUCCGUUACCUCAUUACUACAACUUUAUUGAUCGUCACAAUGUUAACAGGAAAUACUGCGUUUCCUAAAUGUAUAAAGUAAGUUUGAUUUCAAAGUGUUAGUGAUGAAACAUUUUGUUGUUUUAAUAUAUAACAAGAAAUAAAAAAUAAGCACUUUUAUUUGUUGUAAAUGGGCUGAUUGUGAAAAAUAUGGACGUUAUACAUUUCUUGUCACUUAGAUUCACAUCGAUCAAGAUUAAUCUUUCAAAACUACUUUAUGUUGGGUAAUUUAAAGUAUAAGUCUGGUGUCUCAUUGUUUUUCCCAACACGUCACAGAUAUAUAGUAAUGUCCUGUAGGUGGAUGUGGUCAGAAUAAACAUUAGUGCAACA